AGCUAUCAGUUUGAGUUAGCUAACAUUUCAGUCUUCUAUGUUUUACCUCCCUGGUUACAAAUUAUUGUUUGACCUGACUCCAGCCAAACUUUCUACCAAACAAUCCUCUCACUGCUGAUUUGUUUAUCAGACUGACAUUAUUUAGCUUUUGGUGUCACUACAUUGAAAAGACAGUAAAGUCAUCUGGAUCACCAACGAGUAAAAAGAUUCAACAUGUAUAGAGAUGUUUCAGGAGAAAAUGGGCAGGCUCUAGACUGACUGAUUGAUCCUGCAAUAGGCUAGAUCAGAAUGUCUUCACACGAGUGUGGUCUGGUUGUUUUUUCACAUUGGCUGGCAGCUGAUGAAAAAACAACCUGUGCUUUAAAAGACAGGAACACAUCAUCACUCUCAGCUUCACACACUCUGUGCACACUUUCCUACAGCCUGCACUUCAAACGCACAGUUCAGCUGACCAUCAUGCAUCCUGAAGGUGUUCCACUGCAGGGGAUGGGGUAUGCAGGUUAUCCUGCACAGCCUGGAGGGCCCACAAUGGUUCACUCCACCACUGUGAACAUCAUCACUGAGCCCCCGAAGGACUACAUCAUCUGGUCUCUCUGCUGCUUUGUCUACUCCAACCCCUUCUGCCUCGGAUUGGCGGCUCUCAUCCACUCCAUCAAGUCCAGAGAUCGGAGGGGGGCUGGUGACUUGGAGGGUGCUCGUUAUUAUGCCUCAACUGCCCGCAACCUCAACAUCGCAGCUACUGUUCUGGUAGCUGUGGCAUUCGCAAUUUGUAUUAUUGUGCUCAUCGUAAAUGCUGUGAAUGGAAACAGGUACAGUAGCCAUGGGUAUAAUUACUGAACUAUCUAAAACAGUGCUACUUGUUCCUCUGCUUUCUUCUUAUGGGACAAAACAUAACUUUCUUACCGUUUCUCUCAAAUCCAUAACCAAAACAUAAACUUCUAUUUGAGAAACAAGUCUUUAGAGGAUUCACGCUUCAAAAAUGUUCUGUCUGCUGUUGAGAUUAAAUGCAAGACUAAAUGUCUGCAUUGAGAGUGAGGCCGGUAACUCAGCAGUUGCUUAAGAGAAACUGUUCAUUUGUAAAUGACUAACCGCUUCAUUCCUUCAGUUUUGUAACCUUUAAAAUGUGUUGUGGUGUUUUGAUUCACACAUAAAAAUUGUCUUGUUAAAUGUCAGGCAUUAUGUUUCAAGACCUGUCGAGCUCUAAUGUGCUGUAUUAAAUUUGGAUUGAGAAAAACUGUGUUCUUGUGUUUGUUUGAGCAGAAGGAAGCACAAAAUGAAGCUAUCAUAUAUGAGGAGUUAUAUCGCUCCAACCGCAGAGCUUAUUCUCUGCUCUGCUUGGGGGUUGCUCUACAUCCCUCACACAUUUCCUGUGUGUCAAAUAAGCAUUUUGUCAAGACACUUAAGCACACUGAGGCCUGCUAGUCACUUGUUUAACAGCCCUGCCAUACCUGAAAAGAUAGCUGUAAAUAAAUAAGUGGAAUAACUUUACCACAUAA